UUUCAUGCCUUCAAGAAGAAGCACACAUGAGAAAUUUGUUUGUUCCCGCGAUUGUAAAAAGUUUAAAAGUAGAUUUUAACGUCAAAUAUGAAUUUGUUAAGUGCAAAAGACACUGUACAUGUAGAAAUAUGUUUGAAACAAAAUGAAAACCGUCUUGAGACAUUAGAAAAUUUGCUAGAAAUACCAGUGCGCGAAUACAUUGCAGUGGUGAAAGUGCCACUGGGCGAGUCCGUAAAAAUUAAUGAAAUAAUCAUUGAGGGCAAUUCAGCAUUGGCAGAUUUAAAAUUGAUUGAAUCGCUUCUUAUAGAACGUGAAAAUAAGCAGAAUGGCGAGGUCCUUAGCGAAACAGAUUUACAGAAUUUAAGCUUGCACUUCUACAGUCCAUUGAGGCGCGUUAUGGAACUAGAAACAUUCGAUAUUGACUCGGGUGAUACUGGUGAGUGUGAUGCGGUACCUGCAUCCAAUCAUUGGUUAUUGCCUUCGAGCAGUUUUUUGCAUUCAUGGGAGAAUUUAAUUUAUGAAGACGGUUUAAAAGAGAAGCUCUUAAAGUUCGCACUUUCUGCGCUAAUAUUCUCUCAGCACAGCGUUAAUCCACACAUAAUAUCCUGCAAUCGCUUAAUACUCUUACACGGUCCACCUGGUACAGGAAAAACGAGCUUAUGCAAAGCUCUUGCACAAAAGCUAGCAAUUCGUGUGCGUCGCACUUUUCGUCAUACACACUUAAUUGAAAUUAAUAGCCACAGCUUAUUUUCUAAAUGGUUUUCAGAAAGUGGCAAAUUAGUUAUGCGCCUGUUUGCAAAAAUUCGAGAAAUCGUAGUUGAUCCCAACAAUCUUGUAUGUGUGCUAAUCGAUGAGGUUGAAUCGUUAGCAUAUGCACGUGACUGUAUGUCCGGACAGGAGCCGAAGGACGCUAUGCGUGUAGUUAAUGCUCUGCUUACCCAGUUAGAUGCAAUUAAGGAACAUCCUAAUGUUUUGAUAUUAGCAACCUCCAAUUUGGCUGAUACAAUAGAUUUGGCCUUUUUAGAUAGGGCAGAUAUCAAGCAAUAUAUAGGUAUGCCGAAUAUCGUAGCCAUUAAAACUAUUUACACGAAAAUGUUAGAUGAAAUGAUGCGUGUGGGAAUAAUAUUGGAGCAAUCUUUGAAAGAGAAUGAUAACCAUGAGGGAUUAUUAUCAGCUUUGGCUGAGCGAAGCCAAGGUUUAAGCGGUCGAGCGUUACGUAAGCUUCCUUUCUUGGCCCAUGCUGUACACACCACCAGUUCCGACUUUGAUCUAAAUGGAAAAAUUGAGUUGAUUGAUUUUCUGGAUGCAAUGUUGGCUGCCCUUGAGAAACAUAUCGAUGAUCAAAAACAAAUAAAAGUUUAAUGCAGAUACAAAAUAAUUGAACGGGUAUUUCGGCUGCAGUAUGGAACGGUUUAAUUAUAAACGAUAACGCAUGAAAUUAGGUACUAAGUACAAACAUAUAUGCAGCACCUUUUGAAGCACCUAUUAUGAUAUUGAUAAUUCAAUAAAGGUCUAUCUGUGGAAAAGUG